CUUUCGAUAUGGCACAUGAAAGAACCGCUUUAUCCAGUUCCAAUAACACUGCCUUUGAAAAGAUAAUUAGAAGACAUAUUGUAGAUCAAAGUGACGGAGAGUUGCAAGAAGGAGACUGCAAGUGGAUUCUCGUGGACCAUGUCACUGUUCCUUGGAAUAUGGCCACGCUUUUGACCGACCUUCUGCCUACUGUCGAAAAGGAAUUUAUUUCAGCUUUACAGCAGUGGCGCAUAGAUAAUUACAGCCAGGAAGAAAGGUGGAACCAUCAAUUAUCACGUCGUGGAACCGUUCGGGAACAGACGUCUUGGCAAGUGAGUGGUUUGCCGCUCGCAGGUUCUGUACUUAUAGGACUCGAACCCAGUUGUAUUAAAUGGGGAGCUUUAGGUUGUGUAAGUUUUCCCGCAGUGCAGUGCGAUUUUCCAGACAUACUGUCAAAGUCUCAAGUUUGGUUGAAUAUUCCUCCCGUUAUCAAAAUAGGCAUCUCAGAAAGAGUUGCUUCUGUUAUUGGCAGCAAUAAUAUAAUUCAGUCUGUGCAUACUAUCCUUGAAAGAGUUGGUGUUACAGGACCCAUUGCAAUCGAGUUUACUGGAAAAGGUUGUUUCUAUCUUUCUAUUGAAGAACGAAUGAAAAUUAUAGACUCUGUUAAUAAUUGCAAUGUGAUUUGUUGUCUGUUUCCACCUGAUGAGAAGACAAAACGACAUCUGUACAGCAAGCUUGAGAACUUGCAACAAGUCUUGGUAAGCGUACAAUCUAAGGUACCAGUUUAUUUUUAUGAUCUUCUGCGUCAACAAAUGGAUUCAUUAGAACAAGUUUUUCAUAUGGAGAGAAAUGAAGGAAACUACAGUGCUUAUGUAAUCUGGAUUGAUGAAAUAAUACAAGAUGAGUACAAGAAGCAUAUUGGAUGGGAAAGGGAUCUCUUUUGUAUCUACCAAACAUGUCCAAUUGAUUUAUCUUCCCAGUCGAUAAAUAGAAAUGAGACUUUACCUCCAAUAUUGGGUGGUUUUGUUUUGUUCUGUCCUACCAACUCCAUCGAUGCGACGCUUAUUUUGCCCAAAAGUGAAAGUACAUUCAACUCUCGUAUAAUGAAUGCCUUUGAUCCAUCGUUUGAACAAAAGCUUAUUCCAUGUACACAGCCCAUUGUCUUGGUAGUUGGAUUUGAUUUUGGAAAGAAUGGUUGGCAUUUGUCGGGUCUUGCCAAGUGUUUGUGGGAUCUUGGUAUUCAUAUAAUCAUAGGUGGUACAUUUGAUUACGCCUUUUAUCGUAAUGCAGUUAAUCAAGGAAUAUUAGUUUUGCAGUCACCUGAGUUUGUCAAGUUUCUUCAACAUUGCGAGUGGAAUGUUGAGGAGCGUUCUCUGUCUUUUCAAGCCGACUCUGGAGUAUAUUCUGAAACUACUUGCCUUUAUCUUUCGGAAGCGUUGCCAACCAAAUGUCAAGUGAAGUUGCAACUGGAUCAAUGGAAACUUUGGUUUCCUGUUCAUCACGGGAAUGUGGAAGUGCGCAGCUUUCCUAUAGAACCAUCAUCCAAAAUAAUCCAAGAGAAAUGUAUAUUCUCCACGACACUGACAUGACGAUCGAAUGGUUUUUCUAUGUUCGAAGAUUUAGCCAAA